UUUAUGAUAUUAGCAAAUAUGCAGCUUACGAGUAGCGUAGGUGCUCGUGGCAAUGCCUAAAGUACUACAUGUAGGUACCUAAAGAUUAGGUUGAUUGUUUCAUUCAUCCUAACUCCGAAGAUCAAGUCAAUUAUCCUAUAGAGACGUUCAAUCCCGUGAUCAUUACCAGGGCAAAGGGGACAAAAAGGGUCUUCAGCCACAUUGACGCCAACUUAGGUACGAAUUUAUCUAACAUAAUGCGGAAGUUUGACGUGUCGGAAGAUGAAGAAUUGGGAGAGCUGGAGGAUAAAACCGAAGCUCUCACUCUUCGCUCUAAACGUACGGAGAGGGCUCGGAAAAAACAGGCAAAGAAGAUCAAGAAAAUAAGUCGCGAUUCCCGACAUCUCUUGAGCCUUCCUUACGAACUCGUGUUGGAUAUAUUAGCCCUACUUCGUCCAAGCGAUGUUUUCAAUUUACAGCGAGUCAACCGUGCUUUCUACCAAUUUAUCGUUCAGGAGGAGUACCGGAUCUCAAGGGCCAUUACCAGCUGGCGCUACGUCUGUCUGGAGAAAUGCUUCAGGUUGCCCGUCCUCAUGGAGCAUAUUGAUCCCACCAUUCACCACAUGAUUCAAAAUCCUGAGCGACAGGAACUUCUUGUCAUCCAUAAGAUACCUUAUCAACACAUCCAACCUCCGAAUCCUGCGGAAAUCUGCACUUGUCUAUCAUGCUUAUUGCGAUGGUCAGCACUCUGUUUGAUUGUCGACUUCGCUCACUGGCAGCGAAAUCUGGAUAUCGGGGAACCAAUUCCCAUGAUCCCGCGGGGUAAGCAUCCGGCAUGGAACCAAGAUCUAAUAGCGACAAAUGCAGGCAUCGUACGCAAAGCCCUACGCAGUCCAUUAUGGCAUGCGCGGCUUUUUGAAGCUCACCUAGACUCGACAACCAGGUCUAUAGGCCGACAUGCUGCAAACAAGGGUAACAAGAGGCGACGUUUUCGCAUGUCGAAAGAGGACAUGGAAUCAGGUUCAGACCUAUUCUUGGAGACGAGCGGACCGCCAAGCUUUGACUUCCCUUUCCAUAGGGACAACUAUUACAUGCUAGAAGCUUACCUUCCAAACAGAGGCUGGAGUGCAGAAAAUAAUAGGUGGAUGUAUGUGCCGGCAGAACAACACGACAUAGACAUUCAAUAUAUCGUCAACUGGUUUAAAAGGCGACAGCAGGGGAACACGACAUCGGAAAAUAGAUAAUAUGAGAAGGGAAAGGGUUCUAAAUAAUGCUUUUGACAUUCUUUCCAUUUGGCUCCCACCAGUUAGUGUCAAGCCUGUCAGAAUCAUUACAUCAACGCCAUAUAAUAAUAACCCCGUUGGACCCUGGAUAUACCCCCGGGACUACUAGAUACAGCCGCAC